AUGGGGACAUUGAUCAAGACAUGGGUCACAGGAUUAAGUCAGGGUCGCUUAAAUGGAGAGCGGCUACGGGAGUGUUAUGUGAGCCGAAGCAUUCCCUUACAGUCGAAGGGAAAAUUCUACAUGACUGCCAUUAGACUAGUAUUGCUCUAUGGUACAAAGUGUUGGGCUUCUAAGAAGGAGCACAUUAAAAAGAUGGAGGUUAUAGAAAUGCGCAUGUUAAGGUGGAUAUGUGGGAACACUUUAAGAGAUAGAAUCAGAAAUGAGGUUAUCCGCAAGAAAGUAGGUGUGACAGGCAUUGCAGACAAAUUAAGGGAAAAUCGUUUGCGUUUGUUUGGGCAUGUAAGACAGAGACCCGAGGGUGCACCGGUACGAAGAGUGGAAGGGUGGGACCAUGGAGGGGUAAAACGAGGGAGAGGGAGACUGAAAAUGACUUAG